AUGAUGCUUAUUCCUUUGCAGUAUCUUACGGAUCAUUCGAAUCGAUGCGACUUUGACAAAUGCGUGCCAGCAGUAAUCAGCAGCUUCAUCACUCGCCGGGCCAAAGCUACAUUGUCAGAGAAACACAUGGACCGGGUGCUAAAGCGUAUGGACAAGGCCGAAGUUACUCAGAUUUUCAAGGGCUACCUCGAUGACCAGCUAAAUGCUGACAGUGCGUGGACAGAAACGGUCGUGAUGAAUAUUCAUGAAGGUGGCGGUAAAGGGGCCUACCUAACGGAUGACUUUCUUAAACUUUUCCCAGAACCGAAUACGGGUGAGCAGGCUAAGUGGGUCGAAGUGGCACAGAGUGGAAAUCUUCGAACCAGCCACAACUACAUACUGAAAAGCGUGGCCGAGAUCAAAACAGCAUUCUUCUGAGUUCUCAUAAUUGUCCACACAUUUCCAGAUGAUCCACCAUUUUUUCAUUUAUAGAGCAGCCACUGUAUGUGAGCGUAUUCGCAAUAUUACACUGUCCUCCAAUGUCAUAUUUUAUGACAAACACUUGUUUUGCUUUCCCGAACAACAGUAAAUCUACUGUGGAAUUUAUUUGUCUUUAAAAUCAUGUACAUUAU